AUAGCCGAAACCCCAUUGAAAAAUCCGGCGUAUCCUUACUUCUACAGACCCUGAAACUCCCCACAAAAAUGGAACUUCUUCAAGCGCCGAAGACCGGUUUGUCCAAUUUCCUCACCCGCUUGUACUCCGCCUCCAUGCCCAGUGAUUUCCUCCUCAGACCCAUCUUCCUUCAUGGGGUUUCCGGUUCACUCCACCUGCUUUUGCUGCUUUCUCUCUUUGUCUUCUGGGUCUGGAGGAGGGUCAGGAUUGGCCGCCAUGGAGGCCCGAAACAGAGCGCCAUGAGAGCUAGAAUCUCCUGCUUUAAGCAAGCUCUGUUUUGCUCUCUGGCUCUCUCACUCUUUAAUCUCGUUCUUUGUUCGUUGAGCUACUUUUAUUGGUAUCGAAAUGGUUGGUCUGAGGAGAAGAUUGCACUUAUCUCGGAUUUUGGACUCAGAGCGCUGGCUUGGUUUGCCGUCUCUGUUUAUUUGCAGACCCAUUUGUCUGAUUCGGGGCAAAUGAAGUUCCCAGUUUUGUUAAGAGCCUGGUGGGGGUUUUACUUCUCACUGUCAUGUUAUUUCCUUCUUGUUGAUUUCCUCCUUAAUCAGAAGGGCCGGUCCUUACCAAUUCAAUUGUUGGCACCGGAUGCUAUUUCGGCGAUUACGGGUUUGUUCUUGUGUUAUUUGGGGUUUUUGGGAAGGAGGGUAGGUGAAGGUGAAGGUGAAGGUGAAGGUGAAGAUGAUAUUCUUCAAGAACCCCUUUUGAAUGGUACUACUAGUCUGAGUAAUGGUACAGAUUUGAACAAGUCUAGUGAAGGUGAAAUCGAUGCCCCUUGUGAAAAUGUUAGUUUAUUUAGCAUCCUGACUUUCUCUUGGAUGGGUAAUUUGAUUAGAGUGGGUUAUAAGAAAACUUUAAACCUUGAGGAUGUUCCUCAACUUGCCAAUGUUGACAGGGUGAAAGGGGCCUUUUCAAUUUUUAGUAGUAAGAUAGAGUCAGAUGGUGGAAGUGGAAAUAGAGUAACGACAAUGAAGCUGGUGAAGGCCCUGAUCUCCGUUACGUCCAGAGAGAUUCUGUUGACGGCUCUUCUUGUAUUCGUAUAUACGCUGGCGUCUUAUGUUGGUCCUUACCUCAUAGACACCUUUGUUCAGUACCUUAACGGACGUCGGGAGUUCAAUAAUGAAGGCUAUGUUUUGGUCUCUGCAUUCUUCAUUGCAAAGCUCAUCGAGUGCUUGGCGCAGAGGCGCCGGUUCUUCAAGUUGCAGCAGGCUGGAAUUAGGGCCAGGGCAGUUCUUGUUACCAUGAUCUACAAUAAAGGUUUGACCAUAUCGUGCCAAUCGAAACAAGGGCACACGAGUGGGGAGAUCAUUAAUUUCAUGACUAUUGAUGCGGAGAGGAUUGGGGACUUUGGUUGGUAUAUACAUGAUCCAUGGAUGGUGCUCCUGCAAAUUGGUUUGGCCUUGGUGAUAUUGUACAGAAAUCUUGGGCUUGCUUGCGUUGCGACUUUAGUUGCCACCAUAAUUGUGAUGUUGGUAAAUGUUCCACUUGGGAAGUUCCAGGAGAAGUUUCAGGAUAAUUUAAUGAAAUCCAAAGACAACAGGAUGAAAGCAGAAUCUGAAAUCUUGAGGAACAUGAGGAUUCUCAAGCUUCAGGCCUGGGAGAUGAAGUUUUUGUCAAAAGUGGUUGAUCUCAGGCAAACUGAAGAAGGAUGGUUGAGAAAAUUUUUAUAUACGUUAGCUAUGACAUCUUUUGUCUUUUGGGUUGCCCCUGUAUUUGUGUCCGUAGCCACUUUUGGUGCUUGUAUUCUUAUGGGUAUCCCACUUGAAUCAGGGAAGAUCUUAUCAGCACUCGCAACAUUUAGAAUACUUCAAGAGCCUAUUUAUAACCUUCCCGACACAAUCUCAAUGAUUGUCCAGACUAAAGUGUCCCUUGACCGCAUAGCAGCAUUCCUUAGUCUCGAUGACUUGCAGCCUGAUGUCAUAGAGAAGCUUCCUAGAGACAGUUCUCAAACUGCAAUUGAGAUUGUUGAUGGGAAUUUCUCUUGGGAUGUAUCUUCCCACAGUCCAACGCUUAAAGAUAUAAAUAUCAGUGUGUCCCGUGGCAUGAGGGUUGCUGUUUGUGGUACUGUUGGCUCAGGCAAAUCAAGUUUGCUCUCAUGUAUUUUGGGGGAAAUUCCCAAAGUAUCAGGGACCAUUAAGCUCUUCGGAACAAAGGCCUACGUUGCCCAGUCACCAUGGAUACAGAGUGGGAAGAUAGAAGAGAAUAUACUGUUUGGCAGGGAAAUGGACCGAGACAAGUAUGAGAAGGUACUUGAAGCCUGUUCUCUGAAGAAAGACCUGGAAAUUCUAUCAUUUGGUGAUCAGACAGAGAUAGGUGAGAGGGGAAUCAACUUGAGUGGAGGCCAGAAGCAGAGGAUACAGAUUGCACGUGCUCUAUACCAAGAUGCAGAUAUUUAUCUGUUCGAUGAUCCAUUUAGUGCUGUAGAUGCUCAUACAGGAAGCCAUCUCUUUAAGGAAUGUCUACUGGGACAAUUGGGUUCAAAAACAGUGGUGUAUGUUACUCAUCAAGUAGAGUUCUUACCUGCUGCAGAUCUCAUCCUGGUCAUGAAAGAUGGAAUGAUUACUCAAGCUGGGAAGUACAACGACAUACUCAGUUCAGGUACUGACUUUAUGGAACUUGUGGGAGCACACAGGGAAGCUUUAUCAGUCUUGGAUUCCAGAGUGGCUGGUUCAGCCUCGAAAAACUUAAAUAUCAAUGAGGAGGAGGAUGGUAUUGGGAGUGUUAACAAGUUUGUCAAGAAAGAGGAAGCUGGGGAUAGUCAAAAUGGUAAGGCUGAUGAUGUGGUGGGACAAAAAGGACAACUCACUCAAGAGGAAGAAAGAGAGAAAGGCAGAGUUGGUUUUCCAGUCUACUGGAAAUAUAUAACAACAGCAUAUGGAGGAGCUCUUGUGCCCCUCAUAUUGAUGGCACAGAUUCUGUUUCAGGGACUUCAAAUUGGAAGCAACUAUUGGAUGGCUUGGGCAACUCCUGUGUCAAAGGAUAUGGCACCUCCAGUUGGAGGUGUUACUCUCCUGAGCGUUUAUGUAGCUUUGGCAAUUGGAAGUGCUUUUUGUGUCUUCACCAGAGUCUUUCUUCUUAUAACAGCUGGGUAUAAAACUGCCACAGCACUCUUCUCUAAAAUGCAUUACUGCAUCUCCCGUGCUCCCAUGUCAUUCUUUGAUGCCACCCCAAGUGGACGAAUCUUAAAUAGAGCAUCUACAGACCAAAGUACGAUAGAUUUGGAUAUUCCUUUUCGAGUUGCGGCAGUUGCUCUCUCAACGAUACAGCUCCUGGGAAUUAUUGCAGUAAUGUCACAGGUUGCAUGGCAGGUCUUUGUUAUAUUCAUUCCUGUAAUUGCAACCUGCAUUUGGUUACAGCAAUAUUACAUACCUUCAGCACGAGAACUUGCACGCUUGGUUGGAGUAUGCAAAGGUCCAGUUAUACAGCAUUUUGCUGAAACCAUCUCAGGAUCAACUACUAUCAGGAGCUUUGAUCAGGAAUCAAGAUUCAAGGAGUUAUAUAUGAAACUGACAGAUGCAUAUUCUCGACCAAAGUUUUAUAAUGCUGCUGCAAUGGAAUGGCUAUGCUUCCGCAUGGAUAUGUUGUCUUCUAUUACAUUUGCCUUUUCUCUGGUUGUCUUGAUCUCUAUACCAACAGGAGCAAUUGAUCCAAGUAUUGCAGGAUUAGCAGUGACGUAUGGGCUUAAUCUUAACAGGUUACAGGCAUGGGUUAUAUGGAAUAUUUGCAAUAUGGAGAAUAAAAUUAUAUCAGUUGAAAGAAUACUUCAGUACACUACUAUCCCGAGUGAGCCUCCUCUUGUGAUUGAAGCAAAUAGACCAAAUAGUCAGUGGCCGUCACAGGGAGAAGUCAAUAUAAGAGAUCUGCAGGUCCAAUAUGCCCCGCACUUGCCACUCGUUUUACGAGGCCUUACAUGCACUUUCCCUGGUGGAAUGAAGACUGGAAUUGUUGGGAGGACGGGCAGUGGCAAGUCAACGCUCAUACAGACACUCUUCCGCAUUGUUGAUCCUACUGUUGGUCAAAUUCUGAUAGAUGGUGUAGACAUUUCCUCAAUUGGACUGCAUGAUUUACGGUCUAGGUUAAGCAUCAUUCCUCAGGAUCCAACCAUGUUUGAAGGAACUGUGCGAAGCAACUUGGACCCCCUCGAAGAGUACACUGAUGAACAGAUUUGGGAGGCUCUUGACAAGUGCCAGCUUGUAGAUGAAGUCAAGAAGAAGGAAGGCAAGCUUGAUUCAUCAGUUACCGAGAAUGGGGAGAAUUGGAGUAUGGGUCAGAGGCAACUUGUUUGCCUUGGCCGGGUGCUACUCAAGAAAAGCAAGGUCUUGGUGCUCGAUGAAGCAACAGCAUCAGUCGACACUGCAACCGACACUCUUAUUCAGCAAACACUCAAGCAACACUUCUCAGAAUGUACGGUUUUAACCAUUGCACACAGGAUAACAUCUGUACUCGAUAGCGACAUGGUUCUGCUGUUAGAUAAUGGACUUGUAAUGGAAUAUGAUUCCCCAAUAAAGUUGCUCCAAAACAAGUCAUCCUCCUUCUCAAGGUUAGUUGCAGAAUACAGUUCAAGAUCCAAUUCUACUUUCAAGUAAGCGGCAAGCUGUUUGAAGGAUGGGAUCGCGAUAGAGCUUGCAAAUCUCUAGCAUUCAAGGUUGAUGACGAAACCAGAAAAUCAGGCAGUUACUAGCAUCUGAGAUUCAUUUUUUGAUUUUGUUUUGUUGUACUGCUUCAGUGAUACUGGUUAUAAAACACCAAGUUAUCAGUCAGUCUUAGUUUCAUGCAAGAUCAAGUGAGAUCAACUGUAAUAUUGCUGGGCACUUCUGUUACCGGUGAUUGACUCAUGUUGUAUAAUAUGUUUAGAAUAAAAUCUAUUCGGUUUUCCUAAGA